UCUACUUCUUUCGCUCUCACUAAAAUACAAAUUGUGUAAAAAAAAUUAUGGUGGAAAUUCGAAGAAAGACGACAACAUUCCAACGUUUGUCAAUCUCACUAUUCCCAGUUUCCCACGAAAUCUUGGUUAAAAUGUGGUUCAUUUUUCCGUGGAAAUGAGUUCAUAACAGGAGAGAAUUCUCCACAGGAAGGAAAGGAGAAGAAAAAGUAUAAGGCCAUAAUUGCUUAAACAUUUUGCUCUGUUUCACAGCAAUGACAUCGAUAAAGCUCUUUGUCGUUUUGCUCAUCUUCUUUCCCAACUAUUCAUCUGCAACUGACACCAUAACGCCAAGCCAGCCUCUCUUAGACGACAACCAAACUCUCAUCUCCGCCGGUGAAGUCUUCCAACUUGGCUUUUUCCAGCAACCAAAUUCAGAGAACCGCUUCGUUGGGUUAUGGUACAAGAAAGCUCCUCAAGGCAUGAUUCUUUGGGUUGCGAAUAGGGAUAAGCCGCUUAAGGACGAGUCUGGGAGACUCGCAGUUACUCAAACUGGAAACAUAGUCAUUCUCAAUAACCAGUCAACCACUCCCAUUUGGUCUUCCAAUUCUUCAGCCACAAAACCCUCUUUACAGCUCUUGAGCACGGGAAAUCUCGUGCUUAAAGAUGGCGGAAGUGGGAAGUUAGUGUGGGAGAGUUUUGAUCAUCCAUGUGAUACGCUUAUAUCAGGAAUGAAACUAGGAUGGAACCUUGAAACGCGUCAAAAUUGGUUCCUUAGCUCCUGGAACAGCCCCGAUGAUCCAUCUACAGGAAAUUAUACAUACGAGGUCGACCCUCGUGGGCUUCCUCAGCUACUUCAGCGAAAAGGGACGGAGGUGGAAUACCGAAGCGGGCCUUGGGAUGGUGUCCGGUUCGGUGGAGAUCCCCCAAUGUCACCGAACGCGAUAUAUAAGCCUAUUUUUGUAUUCAAUACCAGCCAUGUCUACUAUACCUAUGAAAUUAAUGAAGCUUCUACCUUAACAACGUUCAGAUUGAACCCAUCGGGCAUAAUUGAACAGUUCAGAUGGAUCAAUGAACGCCAGGAGUGGCUUUCGGUGUACACUCUGCAGAAAGAUAGAUGUGAUUCUUUUGGGCACUGUGGUCCAAAUGGUGUCUGUAAUGUUAAUUUGGAUCUUAUUUGCCAUUGCCCAACUGGGUAUGUGCCAAAAGCGCCUAGAGACUGGGAAAAAUUCGACUGGGGUAGUGGAUGUGUACCUAAGACAAAGUUGAAUUGCAGCUCAGACAUGGGUUUCAAGAAGUUUCCUCACUUUAAAUUGCCGUACGGGUUGAAGUUUUUGGUGCAAAGAACUGUGGUGGGGAUUGAAGAUUGUAAAGACAUUUGUUCGAGAAACUGUUCGUGUAUGGCUUAUGCUCUAAGUGGUGUUAGUGGCUGCAUGUUGUGGUUUGAUGAAGACUUGCUUGAUAUGACAGAAUACAACAAUGUUGGGGGACAAGAUCUGUACAUUAAAAUGGCUGCUUCUGAACUUGCACCAGAAAAGGAUGGCAAACGGACUGGAAUAAUAAUCUCAGUAUCAGUAAUCUCAGUUCUUCUAUUAUUGAUUAUUAUUGGAGGCUAUAUUAUCUGGAAGAGGAUGACCAACUCCCACAAAAGCCAAGGGGAAAGAAUGUUACCCAAUAUAGAUCAUGAAGAACAACAUUCAGAUGUUUUGACAGAGGAUGUAGAGCUACCUUUAUUUGAUCUAGAAACUAUUAUGAGUGCCACUGACAACUUAUCUCCUACAAAUAAGAUUGGAGAAGGGGGUUUCGGCCCUGUUUACAAGGCUGUGCUCCCAACUGGGGAAGAAGUAGCCGUGAAGAGGCUAUCCAAAGAUUCAGGACAAGGAGUCAUGGAGUUCAAGAAUGAGGUCAUUUUGAUUGCCAAACUUCAGCACCGGAAUCUUGUUAGGUUGUUGGGAUGUUGUAUUCAUAGAGAAGAGAGGAUGUUGAUCUAUGAAUACUUACCUAACAAAAGCUUAAACUUGUAUUUAUUCGAUCAAACAAAAGGGACUGCGCUCAAUUGGCAAAUGCGGUUUGAUAUUAUAGUUGGUAUUGCUCGAGGGCUUCUUUAUCUUCACCGAGAUUCAAGGUUGAGAAUCAUUCAUAGAGAUCUUAAAGCAAGUAACAUCCUCUUAGAUAAUGAAAUGAAUCCCAAAAUAUCAGACUUUGGCUUGGCAAGAAUCUUUGGAGGCGACCAGAAUGAAGUAAAUACUAAAAGAGUAGUUGGAACAUAUGGUUAUAUGUCUCCUGAGUAUGCAAUCGACGGAAUUUUUUCUGUGAAGUCUGAUGUAUUUAGUUUUGGAGUCAUGGUGCUGGAGAUACUAGGUGGGAAGAAAAACAGAGGAUUUAAUCAUCCAGAUCAUGACCUCAACCUUUUAGGACACGCAUGGAAAUUAUGGAAUGAGCAUAGACCAUUGGAGCUGGUUGAUGUUUUGGUGAAAGAUGUCAAUGUAUCAGAAGCAGUGCGUUGUAUCCAAGUAGGGCUGUUGUGUGUCCAAAAACGCCCGGAAGAGAGGCCCUUAAUGUCAGCAGUUCUCUUUAUGUUGGAUAGUGAGAAUCCCUCGUUGCCUCAACCUAAGCAACCUGGAUUUUAUGUUGAAAGGGUCUCUUCAGAGGUCGAUUCCUCAUCAUCUUGGAAUCAGCCAUAUACUUCAACUGACAUAACUGUUACAAGGCUACAGGGGAGGUUCUUGCAAGAAACUCCAUUGAUGGUGGUUGAAGGAUUUUGUGCAAGUUCUGAAGUCAAGCCAUGAUUGCUGAAGGAGUUUAGAUGGGUCUUGAUGCCAUAGAUCCGAAGGUGUUCAGAUAUGAGAUAUUGUUGAAGGGAGUUCAACAUUGAAGCAAGGUGAUCUUGCAUCUAUAGCCAAGGGAUUUGGUUAUUUAGGAUAAAAAGCUUCACUGUAUUUUGAGAUAGAUUGUAUAGUUUUACAGGUUGAUUCUUAAACUGGUUAUUGUAAAAUUAAUAUAGUGAGAGUUAUUACCCUGGUUCAGGGAACCCAAACACUAGUUGGCUGAAAUAAGUUUUCAGUGCAGACGAAGCUUGUAAUUUCGUGUGUUGACUUUUAUGAUUUUGUUGUUAAUGUUCAAGCAUAAAUCAAGAUAAAAUCUAGAUGAAUGUUGUAAAAUUGGAAUAAGGCGCGCUGGAGUUAGCUUAUUUUCUCCCCCAAUUGAAAUA